AUGGGGAGGUCGCGCCGCACGCCGCCGCCGCUGCUGCUGGUCGGGCUGGCCCUGCUGGGCGCGGCGCGGGCGGGCGGCGACCUCAGCCUGCACCCGCCCUACUUCAAUCUGGCCGAGGGAGCCCGCAUCGCCGCCUCGGCCACCUGCGGCGAGGAGGCCCCGGCGCGCGGCUCCCCGCGCCCCACCGAGGACCUCUACUGCAAGCUGGUGGGGGGCCCCGUGGCCGGCGGGGACCCCAACCAGACCAUCCAGGGCCAGUACUGUGACAUCUGCACAGCCGCCAACAGCAACAAGGCACACCCCGUGAGCAAUGCCGUCGACGGCACGGAGCGCUGGUGGCAGAGCCCACCGCUGUCCCGCGGCCUGGAGUACAAUGAGGUCAACGUCACCCUGGACCUGGGCCAGGUGUUCCAUGUGGCCUACGUGCUCAUCAAGUUUGCCAACUCCCCGCGACCGGACCUCUGGGUGCUGGAGCGCUCUGUGGACUUCGGCCACACCUACCAGCCUUGGCAGUUCUUCGCCUCCUCCAGGAGGGACUGCCUGGAGCGAUUCGGGGUGCCGAGGCUGGAGCGCAUCACGCAGGACGACGAUGUCAUCUGCAGCACGGAGUACUCCCGGAUCGUGCCCCUGGAGAACGGCGAGGUUGUGGUGUCCCUGGUGAACGGGCGUCCGGGGGCCAUGAACUUCUCCUACUCGCCAUUGCUGCGUGACUUCACCAAAGCCACCAACAUCCGCCUGCGCUUCCUGCGCACGAACACACUGCUGGGCCACCUCAUGGGCAAGGCCCUGCGGGACCCCACCGUCACCCGCCGGUACUAUUACAGCAUCAAGGACAUCAGUAUUGGCGGGCGCUGUGUCUGCCACGGCCACGCGGAUGUGUGUGACCCCGUAGACCCUGCAGACCCCUUCAGGCUGAAGUGCGCCUGCCAGCACAACACCUGUGGGGGCUCCUGUGAGCGCUGCUGCCCCGGCUUCAACCAGCAGCAGUGGAAGCCAGCCACUCCUGAGAGUGCCAACGAGUGUCAGUCCUGCAACUGCCACGGCCAUGCGGACGACUGCUACUACGACCCUGAGGUGGACAGGCACAACGCCAGCCAGAACCAGGACAGCGUCUACCAAGGCGGGGGCGUGUGCAUCGCCUGCCAGCAUCACACCACCGGCAUCAACUGUGAACGCUGCCUGCCCGGCUUCUACCGCGACCCUGACCAGCCCCUGGACUCGCCCCACACCUGCCGUCGUUGCAACUGCGAGUCAAACUUCACUGACGGGACGUGUGAAGACCUGACCGGCCGCUGCUACUGCCGGCCCAGCUUCGCGGGGGAGCGGUGCGAGGCGUGUGCCGCCGGCCUCGUGGGCUUCCCACACUGCUACUCUGUGUCCGCCCCCCGAAACUCCUCCGUGGCACAGGUGCAGCAGGCCGGACAGAUUGUGAGCUGCGACUGCAACGCCGGGGGCACCCAGAACAACGCCUGCCAGAAGGACCCGCAGUUGGGACGCUGCCUGUGCAAACCCAACUUCCAGGGCAUCUACUGCGAGCUCUGUGCCCCAGGGUUCUACGGCCAGGACUGCCACCCAUGCCAGUGUUCCAGCCCCGGAGUGGUGGACGGUGACUGUGACCGGGACUCCGGCCAGUGCACAUGCCGGGCCGGCUUCCAGGGGGCCACGUGUGACCGCUGUGCCCCUGGCUACUUCCACUUCCCCCUCUGCCAGUUGUGUGGCUGCAGCACCGCGGGGACCCUGCCCCAGGGCUGCGACGAGGCUGGCCACUGCCUGUGCCGGCCUGAGUUCGAUGGCCCUCACUGUGACCGCUGUCGCCCCGGCCACCAUGGCUACCCUGACUGCCGAGCCUGCGACUGCGACCCCCAGGGGGCCCUGGAUCAGCUCUGCAGUGUAGGCGGGGUGUGUCGCUGCCGCCCUGGCUACGCAGGCACCACCUGCCGGGAGUGCAGCCCUGGGUUCCACGGCUUCCCCGCCUGUGCCCCCUGCCACUGCUCUGCCCACGGCUCCCUGGAUGCAGCCUGUGACCCCCGCAGCGGGCAGUGCAGCUGCCGGCCCCGAGUGACAGGGCUGCGGUGUGACACGUGUGUGCCCGGCACCUACAACUUCCCCUACUGUGAAGCUGGCUCCUGCCACCCUGAUGGCCUGGCCCCCGCCGACCGUGUCCUUCCUGAGGCACAGGCCCCAUGUACAUGCCGGGCACAUGUGGAGGGGCCAAGCUGUGACCGCUGUAAACCUGGGUUCUGGGGCCUGAGUUCCAGCAACCCUGAGGGCUGCACCCGCUGCAACUGCGACCCCAGGGGCACCCUGGGUGGAGCUGCCGAGUGCCAGCUGGGCAAUGGCCAGUGCUUCUGCAAGCCCCGCGUGUGCGGCCAGGCCUGCGCAGUGUGCAAGGACGGCUUCUUCGGGCUGGGCCAGGCUGGCUACUUCGGCUGCCGCAGCUGCCGGUGUGAUGUUGGCGGUGCGCUGGGCCAGGGCUGUGAACCGAGAACGGGCGCCUGUCGCUGCCGCCCCAACACGCAUGGCCCCACCUGCAGCGAGCCGGCGCCGGACCACUACCUCCCGGACCUGCACCACCUGCGCCUGGAGCUGGAGGAGGCGGCCACGCCCGAGGGCCACGCUGUGCGCUUUGGCUUCAACCCCCUUGAGUUUGAGAACUUCAGUUGGAGGGGCUACGCACAAAUGGCGCCCAUCCAGCCCAGGAUUGUGGCCAGGCUGAACGUGACCUCCCCGGACCUCUUCUGGCUCGUAUUCCGAUAUGUCAACCGCGGGCCCUUGAGCGUGACCGGGCGGGUCUCUGUGCAGGAGGAGGGCAAGUUUGCCACCUGUGCCAACUGCACGGAGCAGAGUCAGCCUGUGGCCUUCCCGCCCAGCACUGAGCCCGCCUUUGUCACCGUGCCCCAGAGGGGCUUUGGGGAGCCCUUCGUGUUGAACCCUGGCACCUGGGCCCUGCUCGUGGAGGCUGAAGGGGUGCUCCUGGACUACGUGGUUCUGCUGCCCAGCGCCUACUACGAGGCAGCCCUGCUGCAGCUGCGGGUGACCGAGGCCUGCACGUUCCGGCCGGCCGCCCAGCAUUCUGGGGAGAACUGCCUACUCUACACCCACCUGCCCCUGGAUGGCUUCCCCUCGGCUCCUGGGCUCGAGGCCCUGUGUCUGCGUGACAACAGCCUCCCCCGGCCCUGCCCCCGGGAGCAGCUCAGCCCCGCGCACCCCCUGCUGGCUGUCUGCCAGGGCAACGACGUGGACGUCCAGCUGCAGGUGGCGGUACUGAGGCCAGGCCGCUAUGCCCUGGUGGUGGAGUACGCCAAUGCGGAGGCCCCCCAGGAGGUGGGUGUGGCCGUGCACACGCCCCAGCAUCUCCCCCAGCAGGGGGCGCUCACUCUGCUCCCCUGCCUGUACAGCACCCUCUGCCGGGGCACCGCUCUGGACGAGCAGCACCACCUGGUGGCCUUCCACCUGGGCACAGAGGCCAGCGUCCGGCUCACGGCCCAGCAGGCACACUUCUACCUGCACAGUAUCACCCUGGUGCCCAUGGAGACGUUCAGUUUGGAGUUUGUGGAGCCCCGGGUCCGCUGUGUUAGCAUCCACGGGGCCUUCAGCCCCAGCAGUGCCGCCUGCCUGCCCUCCCGCUUCCCGAAGCCGCCCCAGCCCACCAUCCUCAGGGACUGCCUGGUGCUGCCAUUGCCGCCCGGCCUCCCGCUGACCCACUCGCAGGAGCUCACGCCGGGUGCACCCCCGUCUGGACCCCGGCCACGGCCCCCCACUGCCGUGGACCCCGAUGCCGAGCCCACCUUGCUGCGACACCCCCAGGGGACGGUGGUCUUCACCACCCACGUGCCCGCCCUGGGCCGCUACGCCUUCCUGCUGCACGGCUACCAGCCCGCCCACCCCACCUUCGCCGUGGAGGUCCUCGUGAACGGGGGCCGCAUCUGGCAGGGGCAUGCCAAUGCCACCUUCUGCCCACAUGGCUAUGGCUGCCGCAGCCUGGUGGUGUGUGAGGGCCAGGCCAUCCUGGACGUGACCGACAGCGAGCUCACCGUGACCGUGCGUGUGCCCGAGGGCCGCUGGCUCUGGGUGGAGUACGUGCUGGUGGUCCCCGAGGACGCCUACAGCUCCAGCUACCUCCAGGAGGAGCCUCUGGACAAGUCCUAUGACUUCAUCAGCCAAUGUGCUGCCCAUGGCUACCACAUCAGCCCCACCAGCUCGUCCCAGUUCUGCCGAGAUGCGGCCACCUCUCUCUCCCUCUUCUACAACAAUGGGGCUCGGCCUUGUGGCUGCCAUGAAGUAGGUGCCACCAGCCCCGCAUGUGAGCCCUAUGGGGGCCAGUGUCCCUGCCGCCCUCACGUCAUUGGCCGAGACUGCUCCCGCUGCGCCACCGGCUACUGGGGCUUCCCCAGCUGCAGACCCUGCGACUGUGAGGGGCGCCUGUGUGACGAGCUCACGGGCCACUGCUUGUGCCCCCCGCGCACCGUCCCGCCCGGCUGCGUCACCUGCCAGCCCCGGACCUUCGGCUGCCACCCGCUGGUUGGCUGCGAGGAGUGCAACUGCUCGAGGCCCGGAGUGCAGGAGCUGGCAGACCCCACCUGUGACAAGGACAGUGGCCAGUGCAAGUGCAGACCCAACGUGGCUGGGCGCCGCUGCGACACCUGUGCUCCUGGCUUCUACGGCUACCCCAGCUGCCGCCCCUGUGACUGCCACCCGGCCGGCUCUGCGCCAGGCGUGUGUGACCCCCUCACGGGCCAGUGUCACUGCAAGGAGAACGUUCAGGGCCCCCGAUGUGACCAGUGCCGCCUGGGAACCUUCUCCCUGGACGCUGCCAACCCCAAAGGCUGCACCCGCUGCUUCUGCUUCGGUGCCACGGAGCGCUGCGGGAGCUCCGCCCACACCCGCCAGGAGUUCGUGGACAUGGAGGGCUGGAUGCUGCUGAGCAGUGACCGGCAGGUGGUGCCCCACGAGCUGCGGGCGGAGGCGGGGCUGCUCCACGCGGACCUGCAGCACGUCCCCGAGACAGUCCCAGAGCUGUACUGGCACGCACCGCCCUCCUACCUGGGGGACCGGGUGUCGUCCUACGGGGGAACGCUCCGCUAUGAGCUGCACGCGGAGAGCCAGCGGGGAGACGUGUUCCUCCCCACAGAGAGCAGGCCAGACGUGCUGCUGCAGGGCAACCAGAUGAGCAUCAUGUUCCUGGAGCCGGGACGCUCGGAGCCCGGGCACGUGCACCAGGGGCAGCUGCAGCUGGUGGAAGGUAACUUCCGGCACACGGAGACCCACAGCGCCGUGUCCCGCGAGGAGCUCAUGAUGGUGCUGGCCGGCCUGCAGCAGCUGCAGAUCCGCGCCCUCUUCUCCAAGUUCUCCAGAGCCGUCUCCCUGGGCAAGGUGGCACUGGAGGUGGCCAGCAAGAUGGGCGGGGGACCUCUGGCCAGCAAUGUGGAGCUGUGCAUGUGCCCUGCCAAUUACCUCGGGGACUCGUGCCAGGAAUGUGCCCCUGGCUACUACCGGGACAUCAAAGGUCUCUUUCUGGGUCGCUGCAUCCCCUGUCAGUGCCAUGGCCACUCAGACCUCUGCAUCCCAGGCUUGGGCACCUGCAUGGACUGCCAGCACAACACCGAGGGCAACCACUGUGAGCGCUGCCAGGCUGGCUUCGUGCGCAUUGGGACAGAGGACCCUGCAGCCCCCUGCGUCAGCUGCCCCUGCCCGGUGUCGGUGCCUUCCAACAACUUCGCGGUGGGCUGCGUCUUUCCAGGCGGCCGCCCCCAGUGUCUCUGCAAACCCGGCUACGCAGGAGCCUCCUGUGAGCGGUGUGCCCCUGGCUUCUUCGGGAACCCGCUGGUGCUGGGCAGCUCAUGCCAGCCCUGCAACUGCAGCGGCAACGGGGACCCCAACAUGAUCUUCAAGGACUGCGACCCCCUGACGGGCGCUUGCCACAGCUGCCUGCGCCACACCACCGGGCCCCACUGCGAGACCUGCGCCCCAGGCUUCUAUGGCAACGCCCUGCUGCCUGGCAACUGCACCCGGUGCGACUGCUCCCCGUGUGGGACGGAGGCCUGUGACCCCCAUAGCGGGUACUGCCUGUGCAAGGCAGGUGUGACAGGACCUCGCUGCGACCACUGUCAGGAAGGACACUUCGGCUUCGAGGGCUGCGGGGGUUGCCGCCCGUGCGCCUGUGGACCAGCCUCCAAGGGCUCUGAGUGCCACCCCCAGAGUGGACAGUGUCAUUGCUGGCCAGGGGCUGGGGGGCUCCAGUGCCGAGAGUGCGCCCCCGGCCACUGGGGGCUCCCCGAGCAGGGCUGCCGGCGCUGCCAGUGCCAGGAGGGCCACUGUGACGUGCACACGGGCCGCUGCACGUGUCCCCCUGGGCUCAGCGGGGAGCGCUGUGACACCUGUAGCCACCAGCACCAGGUGCUGGUGCCUGGCGGUCCUGGGAGCGGUGGCGUGCACUGCGAAGUGUGUGACCACUGUGUGGUCCUGCUCCUGGACGACCUGGAGCGGGCCAGCACCCUCCUCCCCGCCAUCCGGGAGCAGCUGCGAGGCGUCGACACCAGCUCCCUGGCCUGGGCCCGGCUGCACAGGCUGAAUGCCUCCAUCGCGGACCUGCAGAGCCAGCUCCGGAGCCCCGCAGGCCCCCGCCAUGAGACCGCACAGCAGCUGGAGGCACUGGAGAGACAGAGCGAGAGUCUCGGGCAGGACGCCCAGCGGAUGGACAGCCAGGCCACAGGGGCCCGAGUCAGGGCUGGACAGCUGCUGGACAGCACGGAGGCCACACUGGGCCGGGCACAGGCGCUGCUGAAGGCCAUCCUGGCCCUGGACCGAACCCUGAGCGAGCUCAUGACAGACCACCUGUCACCGGGCAAUGCCUCGGCCCCAUCCGGGGAGCAGCUGCGUCAGACACUGGCCAAGGUGGACCGCCUGCUUGGGGAAAUGCGGGCCCGUGACCUGGGGGCCCCACGGGCAGUGGCUGAGGCUGAGCUGGAUGAGGCCCAAAGACUGCUGGCCCACGUGCAGGAGCAGCUGACCAGCCGCUGGGAGGGAAACCAGGCGCUGGCUGCCCGCACGCGUGACCAGCUGGCCCAGCAUGAGGCUGGCCUCAUGGACUUGCGAGAAGCCCUGAACCGAGCAGUGGGCACCACACGGGAGGCCGAGGAACUCAACAGCCGCAACCAGGAGCGCCUGGAGGAGGCUCUGCACUGGAAGCAGGAGCUGUUCCGUGACAAUGCCACUCUGAGGGACACUCUGCGGGCUGCCAGCGAUACCCUGGCCCGGGUCUCUGAGCUUCUGCACGGCAUGGACCGGGCCAAGGAGGAGUAUGAGCACCUGGCUGCCAGCCUCGAUGGGGCCUGGACACCGUUGCUGGAGAAGAUACGUGCCUUCUCCCCUGCAAGUGGCAAGGUGGACCUGGUGGAGGCUGCUGAGGCCCACGCGCGGCAGCUGGACCAGCUGGCACACAACCUCUCCAGCAUCAUCCGUGGAGUCAACCAGGACCGGUUCAUCCAGCGGGCCAUCGAGGCCGCCAACGCCUACAGCAGCAUCCUGCGGGCUGUGCAGGCCGCCGAGGGUGCAGCCGGCCAGGCACUGCAGCAGGCAGGCCACACGUGGGCGAUGGCGGUCCAGCAGGGCCUGGCGCCCCGAGCCGGGGAGCUGCGAGCCAACAGCAGUGCCCUGGAGCAGGCUGUUCUCAGGGAGCAGCAGAGGCUGGGCCGCGUGAGGGCCACCCUCCAGGGCACUGGGACCCAGCUCCGUGAUACCCGGGCCAAGAAGGAGCAGCUGGCAGCCCGGGUGCAGGAGGUGCAGGCCAUGCUGGCUAUGGACACAGACGAGACCAGCAAGAAGAUUGCUCACGCCAAGGCUGUGGCCACCAGAGCACAGGACACGGCUGCCCGAGUGCAGUCCCGGCUCCGAGACAUGCAGAGAAACCUGGAGCAGUGGCAAGGCCAGUACGGGGGUCUGCAGAGCCAGGACCUGGGGCAGGUGGUGCUGGACGCCGGCCGCUCAGUGUCUACCCUGGAGAAGACGCUGCCACAGUUGCUGGCCAAGCUGAACCUGCUAGAGAACCGUGGGGGGCACAACGCCAGCCUGGCCCUGUCCGCCAGCAUCGGCCGCGUGCGGGAGCUCAUUGCCCAGGCCCGAGGAGCUGCCAGCAAGGUCAAGGUGUCCAUGAAGUUCAACGGGCGCUCGGGGGUGCAGCUGCGUGCCCCUCGGGACCUCACUGACCUGGCUGCCUACACUGCCCUCAAGUUCUACCUCCAGAGCCCAGAGCCAACGUCCGACCAGGUCUCUGAGGAUCAGUUUGUGCUCUAUAUGGGCAGCCGCCAGGCCACUGGUGACUACAUGGGUGUGGCUCUGCGGAACCAGAAGGUGCACUGGGUGUACCGCCUGGGGGGCGCAGGCCCCGCGACCCUCAGCAUCGACGAGAACAUUGGGGAGGAAUUUGCAGCCAUCAGCCUUGAGAGGACCCUACAGUUUGGCCACAUGUCUGUCACUGUGGAGAAACAGAUGAGCCACGAGACCAAGGGCGACACAGUGGCCCCUGGGGCCGAGGGGCUACUCAGCCUGCAGCCUGACGACUUUGUCUUCUAUGUGGGGGGCUACCCCAGCAACUUCACGCCCCCGGAGCCCCUCCGCUUCCCCCGCUACCGGGGCUGCAUUGAGAUGGGCACGCUCAACGAGGCGGUGGUCAGUCUCUACAACUUCGAGAAGACCUUCCAGCUCAACACAGCUGUGGAUAAGCCUUGUGCACGCACCAAGUCCACUGGAGACCCAUGGCUCACUGACGGCUCCUACCUGGAGGGCUCUGGCUUUGCCCGCAUCAAAGUGGAGAGUCAGAUCAGCAACACCAAGCGCUUCGAGCAGGAGCUGCGGCUGAUGUCCUACAGUGGGAUCAUCUUCUUCCUGCAGCACCAGGGCCAGUUCCUGUGCCUGGCUGUGCUGGAAGGCCGCCUGGUGCUGCUCUAUGACUUUGGUGAGGGUCUGCAGGAGGCCAAACCGAUUCAGCCCCCUCCACCCCUGACCGUGGCCAGCAAGGCGAUCCAGGUGUUCCUGUUGGGGGGCAGCCGCAAGCGCGUGCUGGUGCGCGUGGAGAGGGCCACUGUGUUCAGUAUGGAGCAGGAGAAUGUACUGGAGCUGGCCAACGCCUACUACUUGGGGGGUGCGCCUCCGGACCAGCUGCCCCCGAGCCUGCGCCAGCUCUUCCCAUCCGGAGGCUCCGUGCGUGGCUGCAUCAAGGGCAUCAAAGCUCUGGGCAAGUAUGUGGAUCUCAAGCGGCUGAACACCACGGGCAUCAGUGCCGGCUGCACCGCGGACUUGCUGGUGGGACGGGCCAUGACGUUCCAUGGCCAUGGCUUCCUGCCCCUGGAGCUCCCAGAGGUGGCCCCCCUCACCAGCAGCGUCUACUCCGGCUUCGGCUUCCGCAGCACCCAGGACAGCGGUCUGCUGUACCACAGAGCAUCUCCGGUUGGGCCAUGUGAGGUGUCACUGCAGCAGGGCCACGUGAACCUUCGGUUUGUGACGACCGAGGUGAAGACGCCAGGGGGCUUUGCCGAUGGUUUCCCCCAUUACGUCGCUUUCUAUAGCAACACCACAGGGGUCUGGCUCUACGUGGACGACCAGCUUCAGCAGAUGAAGCCCCACCAGGGGCCGCCCCCCAGGCCCCAGCCACAGCCACAGCCUGAGGGGCCCCAUCGGCUCCUCCUGGGAGGCUUGGGGGCGUCCAACACCAUCCGUAACUUCAGCGGCUGCAUCACCAACGUGUUUGUGCAACGGCUCAUGGGGCCCCAGCGUGUGCUCGACCUGCAGCAGAACAUGGGCGGUAUCAACGUGAGCUCAGGGUGUGCCCCAGCAGCCCCUGGCACCCAAACACCAGUGCAGGCACCUCGAGGACUACAGGCCACAGUGGCUCAGAAGGUCUCCCGGCACACCCGGCAGCCCGCCCAGGACUCUGCCUGCACGCCUCCUCGGCCCCUUGGGACCGUCCACGGCACCUACCAGUUUGGAGGUCCCCUGUCCAGUUACCUGGAGUUCACAGCCGUCCUGGCACCCUUUGAGAACUGGUCCCACUUCUCCAUGGUGGUCCGCCCUCGCACCCGAAGAGGACUCCUGCUCCUCGCUGUGCCCCUGGCGGCGGGCAGCCCCUCCCUGGCGCUCUUCCUGAGCCACAGAUACUUUGUGGCUCAGACACAAGGCCCAGGGCCCGAGCUCCGCGUCCUGAGUCACCAGCGUUCAAAAGCUGACCGGUGGCACAAGGUGUCUGUGCGAUGGGAGAGGACUCGGAUCCAGCUACAGGUGGACGGAGUCUGGACUCAGAGCCAGGAGCAGCCUGGCCAGGAGCCUGGCCAGCAGUAUCAGGGGGCAGAAGGCCCCCAGCCCUACACGCUCUUUGUGGGGGGUCUUCCUGUCCACGGCCCCAAGCUCCCAAUGUUUAUCAGCAGCUCCUGGUUCAGCGGUUGUGUGAGGAGACUGAUGGUGGACGGGCAGGCCCUGAGUACCCCCAACCGAAUGGUGGGGGUCACACCCUGCUUGUCAGAACCCCUGGAGAUGGGUCUGUUCUUUGCUGGCAGUAGGGGAGCCAUCACUCUAGACACCCUGGGAACCACCCUUCCUGACGUGAGCCUGAGGCUGGAGGUGCGGCCCCAGACAGCCGCAGGCCUCAUCUUCCACCUGGGCCAGUUCCAGGUGCCCCCCUACCUAGAGCUGCAGGUGCUGGAGAAGCAGGUCCUGCUGUGGGCAGACGAUGGUGCCGGCAAGUUCUCCACAUCGGUGACACUCUCCAAGGAGCUGUGUGACGGGCAGUGGCACCAACUGGCAGUGACCAAGAGCAGGACCGCCCUCCGGCUGGAGGUGGACUCCCAGAGCAACCAGACCCUGGGUCCCAUGCUGCAGGCCUCAGAUAGCGCCCCAGUGCCUCUGCACUUGGGGGGCCUGCCCGGACCCUCGGACACACAGGCUGGGCACCCCACCCCCACACACCCUUGGCCUCCAUUCUACCAAGGCUGCAUGAGGAAUCUGAUGGUGAACCAGGCCUUUGUCACCUUGCAACGCUCUGCGGGUGUCCAGGGCGCGGUGGGGGCCAGUGGCUGCCCGGCCACAUAGGGCCUUCAGGGCGCCUGCUGUCCUAAUAGCUUGCUGACACCACCACCUUCCGCCAGUAUCCUAGAUGAAGUUUGUAUAAACUUACCUAGACUUGAGUCUACAGGAAAUGGUUUAAGUUAUGUCUGACUUUUUAAAUGAAACUUUACAAUAAAAUGGGUUUUUUUGUAUUUUAUAAUUGUGAGAUUUUCCUUCCACCCAUUUAAAUGAGAAGUCUGUAAAUCACUGGUCCCUUCUCUUGAAACAAAAAUUAAAAAGGAGCUUAUGUAA